GGAAGAGCUGUGAGAGAGAGAAAGACAGUGUGUGUGAAAGAGGGCGGCUGCUCGCUGAGCUGGGAAUGGAGAUGGCCAACCUUUUUAAACACUUCUUUCGAAUUGGGAAAGUGAAGCAGAAAGGCUGUGUGCGAGAUUUGUCCUCCAGUGGAGAGAAUCAUGAUGGCGAUGAGCGACUUUACGACCUCAAUCUUCCUGCGCUGGUCAAGUUCAACUACACCGCAGAACGAGAGGACGAGCUAUCUCUGGUCAAGGGAACAAGGGUCAUCGUAAUGGAGAAGUGCAGCGACGGCUGGUGGAGAGGAUCCUAUAAUGGCCUUUCUGGAUGGUUUCCCUCCAAUUAUGUCACAGAGGACGUGGACGGGACAAUGAGGGUCGGUUCCGUGAACUCUCUCCAAGAUAAACUGGCCUCCGUGGGGCACAACAACAACAGCUCUCAGGUUCUGCAGACUGUACAGGCACUUUAUCAUUUCAGCUCCGGCAAUGUCGAGGAGCUGAACUUCAACAAGGACGAACUUAUGGAUGUGUUGGAGAAACCCGAGAAUGAUCCUGAAUGGUGGAAGUGUAGAAAGGAAAAUGGGCAAGUGGGUUUAGUGCCCAAGAACUAUGUGACAGUUGUGCAGAAAACACAUAAGGAAUUGGGCAUUUCAGCGCCUCCUCCUUCAAAUUAUGACAUUAAACCCUCUAUGGAUGGAAAGUUUGGAGGAAAACAAUGGUACUAUGGAAAACUGACACGGCACCAGGCUGAGAUGGUCUUGAACCAGAGGGGUGUAGAUGGAGAUUUCCUUAUCAGAGACAGUGAGUCUACGCCAAACGACUUCUCCAUCUCUCUGAAGGCAUUGUACAAGAACAAGCAUUUCAAGGUGCAGCUAAAUGAUGGAUUCUACUGCAUUGGUCAGCGCAAGUUCAGCUCCAUGGAGGAUCUGGUGGAACAUUACAAAAAGGCCCCCAUAUUUACCAGUGAACAUGGAGAUAAACUGUACCUGAUAAAAGCAUUAACCUGUGCCUAGAGUCUCUAAAACCUCCUGUUAUUUGUCAGCAACUUUAAAAAUCCAUUGGGAUAGUAAAAUCUCCUUUGAUUAAAUGUAAUGUUCUUGAAUUAACAAUUACAUACAAUAAAGAUUCAUUUGUUCCAGACUUGCUAUGGGAUAUUUUGCAAAUUUGAAUGCCAUCUUUGGUAUACAGUAUAUCAGGAUGAUAAGCUAUAAAUGAACAACUGAUUUCAGUGCAGCAGUUGAAAAAUAAUUCCUCACUUGGCCUUUGCAUUCGUGUAUGUUUGUAGGCUCAUUGUGUCAGUUUUAAAGGGGUGAAAAUGAAGAAUAAAUCUCAAAAUUUUGUUGCAGUUUUUACAUAUAAAAUUCAUUAUUUGAUCUAAAGAACCCGGCUGAGGACAAUGUGAGAAUGGGCACAGUUAGAUAAUCAUUGUGGGAAAUUAAAAGCCCAAUAUGUGACUUUAAAGCCCAUAUAGAAUGUAAUUUUUGCCUAAAUGUGUCAUCAUUUUAUUGCUAAGCAGUUCUUUUGUCAGUGCCAAAUCUUUCAUUUUAAUCUGCAUUGGAUUUUUCAAAGAAGUAGGUUAUAUUUUUAUUUCCAUUGACAUGUUGACUGUUUAACACCUUUUUCCCUAAUUGUCUUUCUCAAGUACUAAUUUGUCAUUACAAUUACAAUUUGUAACAACUUGUAUACUGUGAAUGUCGUUUCCUUCCACAAGAAUGAUGUUGUUCCGUAUCACUUCUUGAUAAGUGUAUCUUUUAAAAAUAAAGUAUUGUACAUACAAGUU